AUGUAUGCACCUUUAACAUUUAAAUGCAUUUUCUUUCUCACAGAAAUGUUAUUCCACGUACUUUUGUCAUUGGUGGUUUUGGUUUCAGUGGAAGACGCUUCCCUUGCAGCUUCUACUUUACAAAUAGAAGAUGAAGAGCUCACCCACACAGAAGCCAUCAGAGAUGAUGAGAUGAGUCAGAACCUGACCAGGACGAACUUUGAACAAUUGGAGAAACUGAGCAACAGGUCCAGAUAUGUAGCGAGGAGCUGUAAGGAGAUCCAGGACAGAUAUAAUGAACAUGAAGAUGGGUUGUACUUCCUGACCACUGCUAAUGGCAUGGUCUAUCAGACUUUCUGUGAUAUGACCACAGCUGGAGGCGGCUGGACGCUGGUGGCGAGCGUCCAUGAGAACAGCAUCUAUGGACGGUGCACAGUGGGAGAUCGCUGGUCCAGCCAACAGGGUAACAAUGCUAACCUACCAGAUGGAGACGGAAACUGGUCCAACAGAAACACCUUUGGAGCAGCAGAGGGCGCCACCUCGGAUGAUUUUAAGAAUCCAGGCUACUAUGAAAUCAGGGCAGAAGACAUGUCUGUGUGGCACGUUCCCAACAACUUCCCACUGGAGCACUGGAACCUGGCAGCCAUCCUCCGCUACCACACUGAGAACCACUUCCUCCGCCUGUAUGGAGGAAACCUCUUUCAGAUGUUCUCGCAAUAUCCAGUAAGAUACAACGUUGGCUCCCCCAGCAACAGAGGGCCAGCAAUUCCCAUUGUGUAUGACCAUGGAGACAAAGAGUCCACCAAAAUGUUAUAUGGACCCAAUCCAAGAGGGGAGUUUGAACCAGGUUUCCUCACAUUCAGAGCAAUAAACAAUGAACGUGCAGCCAUGGCUAUCUGCUCCGGGGUCAAGCCGGUCCGUGGAUACAACACUGAACAUUACUGUAUAGGAGGAGGGGGCUAUUUCUACACUGAUCAGUGUGGGGACUUCCCAUCAUUUGACUGGGACAGAUUGGGAAGGGAGCAAGGCUGGAGUGCCUCCAAAGAGAUGACUGAGGCUGCUGUUUUACUCUUCUACCGCUGAGAGGACUAUUUGCUGAUGUAGCUGAGACCAUGUUAUAAAUAACAGUUUUCACUUU